CUAUUAGCAGUAUUUUAAAAUAAUAAAAACUAAAAAGUAAUGCAAAGAGUAUAAUAAUAUAUAGGGAAUUAAUGGAUAAAAUGUGAUCAUAGAACUUGUUGUGCAUUGUUAUUUUUAAUACAUAAAUAAUUAAUAAAUAUUGAGAUUGUAAUGUGAGGGGCAUGACGUUAUUUGAAGACGUAUAAAAUAUUUGUAAAUUUAAAACUUGCUGAACAGUAUAAAGUUUAACAAGUGCCUAAGAACUAAGAAGCAAGUCGAGUUCAAGAAAGUCAUCAGGUUAUUAUGUUACUCAACAAAACCAGACUUGGGUACACAAACCGAUCACAAAAGUGCAACAUGGAGAAUCAUUCAACGUCGGACAUCAUAAUUAUAAGUGGAAAUUCUCACCCGGAGCUGGCGGAAUCAGUAGCAAACCGCCUAGGUGUCAGAAAAGGGGGUUGUUCAGUUUAUCACAAAACAAACAGAGAAACUAUGGUGGAGAUUGCAGAUUCUAUUCGUGGAAAAAAUAUUUAUAUUAUUCAAACAGGAACUAAAGAUGUCAACAAUAACAUCAUGGAGCUAUUGAUUAUGGCUUACACAUGUAAGACUUCAUCUGCACGAUCCAUUGUUGGUGUCAUUCCAUACUUACCAUAUAGCAAACAAUGUAAAAUGAGGAAACGGGGAUGUAUUGUCACGAAGCUGCUUGCAAAAAUGAUGUGUAAAUCUGGCCUGACACAUAUUAUCACAAUGGAUCUUCAUCAAAAGGAGAUCCAGGGAUUCUUUGACUGCCCCGUUGAUAACUUGCGUGCAUCACCAUUUUUAUUACAAUAUAUUCAGGAAAGUAUUCCAGACUAUCGUAACUCGGUGAUAGUGGCCCGAAACCCGGGGUCUGCUAAGAAGGCCACAUCAUAUGCAGAACGGUUACGCCUGGCUAUUGCUGUGAUACAUGGAGAACAAAAGGAGGCGGAAAGUGAUGAAGUUGAUGGGAGGUAUUCUCCACCCUGUAUUCCAAGAUCCCGAACCAUGGAUGUUCCUGUGGGAGUUCCAGCUCACCCUGCUAAAGAAAAGCCACCAAUAAAUGUAGUUGGUGAUGUUGGUGGAAGAAUAGCUAUAAUGGUGGACGAUAUGAUAGACGAUGUUCAGUCAUUCGUUGCUGCCGCCGAAGCUCUCAAGGAGUGUGGGGCCUACAAAAUCUACGUUCUGGCGACACACGGCCUGCUCUCUUCAGACGCACCGCGCCUAAUUGAAGAUUCACCAAUCGAUGAAGUGGUUGUCACAAAUACAGUGCCCCACGAACUACAAAAAAUGCAAUGUAACAAAAUAAAGACCAUUGAUAUAUCAGUUCUAUUAAGUGAAGCAAUAAGGCGUAUUCACAAUAAAGAAUCCAUGUCGUAUCUGUUUAAAAAUGUAACACUUGAAGAUUAAGUUUUAUCAUACAAAACAAUUAAAAGCGAAGAUAUUUUUGUAGUUUAAUCUCACAGAGUAUUGAUCGUUGUGUUUAUAAGCCUUUAGAUUCGAUUUUCGUGUUAAUCGGUAGGUAUUGUCAAGAUUUAUUAGAAUGAAUAGAGCAAAUUAUUUAGGAUUGAUGAAAAAUAUACCUUUAUAUUCUACAUUAUGCAACUCCUUUAUAUUCUUAGUUAGUUGAUUUUAUUAAGUGUAAUGUAUUAGCUUUGGUAUGUUCAUAAGUUCCAUUAACGUACGUAAUUAAAAUUAUUGUGAAUGUGCUCUUUGUUUUGAGGUUAUAUGUUUUGCUUACAUGGCAUGAGUUAAAAUAAAAAAUAAAGAGUCAAAAUUUUGACAAAUAUCCAAAUCUCUUGUAAAUUUCAUGCGUGAAAUAAUUACAAAAUCCACAUUUGUUACGUAUUCAACACAUAGUAUUAUGAUUAAAUGUUUGUGGUAUGUAA